GACCCUCACCAACAUACACCAGGCAUCAGUUAUCUGUUCCAGCAUCUCAACAUGAGGACCUCCGUACUUGUAGCUUCCUUCGCUCUUCUCGCCAUCGCUCUGUUGGCUCCUGCUUCUGCCGCUUGCGUUGGAGCAGUCCAAGAGAAGAAGUCUGACCAGUCUCAGUACAAGUCAGCUAAGUCUGCAGCUUCUGAAGGUGCCGAGAGUUUGGCUGUGGCUGAUGCUUAUGGAAACAAAUACGUGAAGGCCACCACUGAGCAAGACGCUUCUGCCAGCACCAGGGAAGGUUCAGCUAAGAGCGACAGCUACAAAUACGCUGAUGCUUUCGGCAACAAGGUCCAGGCCACCAAGACCAAGAAGUCUGUGUCUGCCUCUGACAACACCUCCUCUGCUUCCACCAGCUACGAGGCUAAGGUCGCUGCCCCCAAGCCCUGUGGAUGCUUGUAAAUGUUUGAUUAUGUAAUAAUGGAACAAUAAACAAGUUUUCUUUUUAUUA